CGUCGCUGGCUUACAGUGCACAAGGGGUUUCAGACAUAUUACAGUAUGGUGUAGGCUACACUGUGAGCCCAUGACACUGUUGACUACAUUUCCCACGCAGCAAUGCGCCCGUCAGCAUCCACACAGCUGGAAAACACGCCUGUGUAAAUAUCCUCAUUUACAAGCUCCACACAAUUAAGCCCAUAUCGAUUAGUGUAAUUCAUGAGACAGAAUCGAACAGACCGCCUAAUUUGAUCGAUGCAUCUCAUUACAGACAGGCUGAUCCGGUCGUCGCUGAAUUAUUUAGGACAGAACGGUACAUAUGCACCGAGGACUAAAGCGAGCAGUGCGCGAGACAGUCGAUUGAUCGUGGGUGUAAACCUCACAUGAUCAAGAAAAAAUGGACAUGCCUUCGGAUCAAAAGACUCCGUGCAUGCAAUAGGAGAGAUUCCAUCCCUUCUAGGAGAUCCAGGCUGCUUUGAGGAAUGCCAGAGAUGGGAACGGUCUUACAGGAGCGCACUGUGCAUUAUAGUCAGAAUAAGCUUCGUUCGUUUGAUAGAACACAAACUAAAGCAGUGGGACAUGCACCAAGCAAGAAAACCACAAAGGCACCUUUGCAUCCACCACCGAAUAAUGGCAUCAGCCUGUCAUCUGAACCUGACUCUCAGCAAAGGUUAAGAAGGACAAGACUGGACAAAAUGUUGAUCAUGGCGAACCCCACAGACAGGCAACACAACGCUAAGAUCAAAUCUCACGCAACUUCCAAAAAUGGACAGAAGGAGAGGCAGCAAAGACAAAACAGCCAUGGUGCAAAAGAGAGUGGUGGCAGGGGUAAAAGUUCAAGUGUAAGGCCUGUAUACCCUCAUCCUGUACAAGCUCAGAGAGAAGACUCGUCAGAGUGCAGACUCAAAGACGAGAGCUGUACGCUACAAAGUAAAGAUGGAGAAGAGGACGGUGCCAGUGACCUCUCAGACUCUGAAAGGUAUUCUGCGCUUCCCGCUCAAAUCUCUCCUCCUGACCUCAACCUACGUGCAGAGGUCAUAGAUCCGUCUGACCUUCAUGCCUCGAGACCUUCUUGUCGAGGGCACAACAAGUUCAGAGGCAGCUAUCCAGAUUUCUUACCGCCUCCUUUCAAUGCUUGGAGUCUCCUGCAGUUAGCUGUGUACUUGAACACAGAAGGCAAGGGCAUUCCUCGUCCCAAGCCCACUGGGCAGCUUGAGAGAUACUUGGACCGGCUAUUGCAAUUGGAAUGGCAUCAGAUCCAAACCAUCCAAGAAGACAGCAGCAAAACCAACGCCCCAUUACCUAAAGGUCGCAAUUUGCCUCAUUCGACUUCUCAUCGCAGCCUAAGCUCUCCUAAAUGCAUCCUCCACUGCCAGCGUGCGUUCCCUUUGGCGUUACUGUCCUCUUUUGCCAGUGCACCCACCCUUCAGCUUUCAGGCUGUACCUGCCCACAUUGCCAGAAUCAGUAUCCCAUCUUGAAUGGCACAUGCCGCUCUUUUGCCUACCACCACCACACAAGGUUGAGUCCACUCCUGGAGAAGAAGGGCCAGGUCUCAGGUUUGCCUAAAAGGAGCAGCAGUGAGAGCAGGGCUCAUCAGCUGGAACCCAGACACCGAUCUCGAGAGCACAGACUCAGCGACCCUUUGAGCGAGAGCAGCCACUUGAGGCGCAUGCAGGCUAUCGAUAAUGUGAAGGUGUGUUUUGGAAAUAUGUUCAUCAAAUUCCCUCAAGAGAGUACCAGAUCCAUGAUCCUUAAAGACCAUGAGCAGCUUGACAAGGAAAUAACUGACCUCCGCAAACGACUAAAAGCAAAAGUAAAUCGUCUCAAUGACUUGCAAGGUAAGCCUGAACUCAGAGGAUACAACCUUUCUCCUCUGAGCAGUGAUGAGAUUAAAGCAAUUAACAGCCUCUUUAAGAAAUAAUAUCCACUAGCUUCUCGGACUGUCUUGAACCUGAGGGUAACGUUUGGACUGGACUGUUACCUGUGCGUCGGAGCACUGAAGUGUCUGCAAACCGCCUGUGACUUUACUAACUCAGCAGAAGAACUUUUUUCGGUUGACUUUUGGUGACCAGCUCACACAAUGUGUCUUUUCAUCAUUCAGUGCUUUUGCAUGGCGUUUGUUUAAAAGUCUUGCCUGCGUUUUGUGGUGUGAGAAACACAAUUGUUGAAGUUAGAGUAAGCCAAAAAUAAUGCUAAAAUGCUUGGGUGGGUAUUACCAUUAACAUGUAGCCUGUAUGUUGUUACUUUCACAUGUUCUGUUAUUAAUGGCAAGCAAACACAAUUCUUGAACUUUCGAAUUCAAUGAAGUUUCUGUCAAAGUCUGAAAACUCAUUUCUGCAGUAAUUA